CCUCUGCCGUUGCCAUGGUAGCGCUCAGCGCUGCGCGGCCCCACGCUCCACUCCCCCUCACCGAAUCCGGGAGAUGCUCCCGUCGUGACGUCACCGGUAGGCGUGGCCGAUCAGCUGCUCACAGGGAGGCGAUGCCUGCGUUGAGCCACAUCAUCAACACUAACACCAACACCACCACCAUCAACACCACCACCACCACCACCAACCCGCCUCACCAUGCCGGCUCUCAGGCGACCUCACCGGCCGGACGAUGAGAAGUAAAGGCCUCGAGUGCGUAAUCUUGGUCGUGUUUCUUUGGUACCCGCUGGAGAAGGUGUGCUCGCAAGGGGAUGAGGACCACCAUUUGGGAAGCGUCUUUCUCGAGGCCAGCAGCAACGUCCUCCACACGGCUUUUACUGCUCAACCAUCAAAUCGUGGAGAUGAUUCCCCAUCCAGAAGAGACUCCGAGGGCUCAGCUGCCAUAUGGGGAGACGGCACGGCAGCCAUCCCUCUGGCUGACGACACGGCACAGAGCUCUGUGUUGGAAAUCAGUACUCCAGUGCACACCAGCUCGGAGGACGGGAGCAUUGGAAUCGAUCGCGCGUCAGAAGGCCCGCUCGGCAGUCUGGAAGCAGACGAACCUGCGACAUCACGCCAAGCUACGGCGAGACGGGGCGACGCCACAAUGACGGCCGGCGCAUCGUGCAACGGACGAAAAACCCCCCUUAGCGACGUGUCACGGUGGUCCUCCGAACCCAGCGAGGUGCCGCCGCCGCCUUCCUCGCAGCCACCGUGCUCCUCGGAGGUCCUGCCGCUGUCGGACUCGGGGCGCUCGUCGCGUCGAGCGGAGGGCGGCCGCGCGACCGCGACGGCCUCCGCGAACGUUGAGGCGUCGCUGCGCUUGAUCCCCUCGACGGAGGGCAACCCGGCUUCCCCUCGGAUGACGGACGCCGGGUUUUAUUCCUCGCGCCGUGCGACCGAGCCCCUGCCCCCGCUGAUGUCCAUGCCCUUGAGGCAUCAAACAACGCCUUCGAAUGAAGCGACGGAUGAACUUGCGAGUGCACGGGGCACUGAGCUGUCGAGCGAAGAAUCGGUCUCGCCGGAGGACGAUGGGAAAUCUCACGGAGAAAUAGGAAUGCACGCCGAGGAGAAAGUCGUGGAUUUUAAUGGAUUCCCUCUACAGGAACCUGUGUUCAAAGAUAAAAACGUUAAUCAGGAAGAUGUGUUAUUAAUUGUGCAUGAUACUGGGCUGAGUAAUGAGCAGAUUUCGCAAAUACAAUUCGUUCAACCAUCACUUCAUCAAGAAAUGUCGGUCGGAGUACAACACUCUUUUUACGAAUCUGCACCUUUGGCUGAGCAUUCAACACAGGACGACACGUCACCUUCCCAGAAGCCUUUGCUUUUGGAGGUAUUGUCAGUCCAGGAAGUGACGUCACUGCCAGAAUGUACACCCUCUGUUGUUAAAGCGGAUCAGACAGAUUCAGCAGUGGUGGAAACUUCUUUGGUAGUGGCACAGUCCGUUCAGAAAAUAACACCCUCAGUGGUGCAAACGGAACAGCAGUUUGCCUCGCAAGAGGCCCUCUUGGAAGCAAAGAUGCUUUCUGUCGAGCAGAUGAUGGUUACAGCCGAGAUGGACACUGAGCAGGAUUUACAGGCAACUCGUCUGGACGUUGAACAGGCCCUGGCGACACCGUCCCCGUCUGCAGGAAUUCACGCUGGCGAUACACUCCCGGCGUCUUCACUCACCAGCGUCGCCACCACCGCCGUCAUUACAGAUGACCACCCAGGUGAACGCAACGAGUCGCGGCUGGAAACCACGACGCAGGAGUCUGAGAGCCCGUCGAGCAGCGAACCCACGGAGGUGGUGACAGCGAGCGAUGGUGAGGAGGGACAGCUGCUCAAGCCGGGGGACAUCCCGUCGUUUGACGAGUGGAAAAAGAAGGUUCUGGAGGAAGAGAAGGAGAAGCAAGACCAAGUGCUGCCUGCGAUUCCCGUUCUGCUGCCUCCGGUUGUCAAAAAGUCUCUCAACAACUACGCAUCGGUGGAAUGCGGAGCCAAGAUCCUGUCUGCCAACCCCGAGGCGCAGAGCACCUCCACCAUACUCAUGGAGAACAAAGACUUGUACAUGCUGAACCCUUGCAGUGCAAAGAUCUGGUUUGUGAUAGAGCUUUGUGAGCCUGUGCAGGUGAAACAGAUCGACAUCGGAAACCUAGAGCUCUUUUCUUCCACCCCCAGGGACUUUGUGGUGUUCAUCAGUGACAGGUAUCCCAUCAGGGAAUGGGUGAAGGUGGGAACCCUGCAUGCUCGAGAUGAGAGGAUUAUCCAGAGCUUCCCUCUGCAUCAGAAAAUGUACGCGAUGUUUCUCAAGAUGUUCACCAAGUAUAUAAAGGUUGAGCUGGUUUCCCAUCACGGAUCUGAACACUUCUGUCCAAUCAGCCUCAUAAGGGUGCUCGGCAUCAGCAUGGUGGAGGAGUACGACGAGAUCGACGACGUCGACGAGACUCGCCGCUCCGGGCGAGCGUCCGACGAGCUGCACGACGAGGACCGCGAUAUCGCCAUCGGGUUGGGAAAUCCCAACGAGAACUCUUCAGACAACCUGCUGGGGUCUGCCACGAGUGCCAUUCUGAGCAUGGUGAACAUGGCAGCCAAGGUGCUCGGAGGCAACAAGGGGGACGAGGAAGGCCCUGGAGUGGCUCUUCGAGAUCAGCAUGCGGUGUGGGAGACUGCCUCUGGGGAGCCGGAGACAGCUGUGAAUGGACCAGACCAAGCCGAACUUCCUGAAGUGCUCAAAGAUAAAAUCGCAGUCGUUCAUGACGAUAGGAGGAGACCCGGGGUCACAACUUUGGAUGACCACACACUGAGCACCGAGCGGAAGAGAGAGCUGACAAAACUCAUUCUGCCCAACAAAGGCCCUUUCAGCAAAACCGACAAGGGACAGUGCGGCGAUUGUUUGGCACAGAGCCGUCGGGUAACUUUUCUGGAAGUGGUGUUGAAGAAAUGCCCGUGGCACGUUCCCAUCGAUUACACAGCAAGCGUUAAGUACGAAUCGUUGCCCGUUAGCUCCCACUUGGUCCUACAAACGGUGGAGUCUCCGAGCGCAUCGAAUUUACCAGCCAGCGAGUCGGUCGCUACGUUGGCUCAUGAAUCCGCCACGGUCCUUAUGCCGUCUGUUGUUACGGUCGAUAUUGAUGCCGGUGCGAGCCUGCCCGCCGCGGACCACAUCAGUCCCGCGCCCCCAGACGUCGUCAUUUUCUCCGCGCGCCCAUCGACAGAGGAGCUGUUCGCCGCAGAUCUCCGCAGCAGCGGCGUUAUUUUAGGAAGCCUGAUCGGCGACGGCACCGAAACGAGCAGCAUCAGCAGCGACGCUCUCCACGAGGAGGAAAACGCAUCGCACGUCGCGUGCACGGCCAUCGCAGGCCACGCGUCGGAGGGCGGCGAGCUUUUCACCGUCGGCGUGGAGCCGUCCGUCACAACGUUCAUGGAGGCCGGCGCUCGGCCCGAUAUUUUACAAAAGCACGACGGCAAAGAGGCCGCGCCGCCGGCGGCGCGAGCCGUCGGCGCGCUCGAGGCUCCGGCGACGAUCUCUGACGCGGGGCAAGCGCUGGAUCGGGACGCCCGUUCGGAGGAAGGAAAACCGAGCGAGGGGGACGCGCGGCCGCCGCCCGCGGCCAGAUCCGGCGAGGAGGCCAGGGCGGACACGGCGCAGGCCGACGUUUACCCUGACACCAGCGACCUCUCGCCCGUCCCCGCCGGCGCACUGGCUCUCGGCUCGGCCCAGAAGGAGUCGGUCUUCAUGCGUCUCAGCAACCGCAUCCGGGCGCUGGAGCUCAACGUGUCCCUGAGCAGCCGCUACCUGGAGGAGGUCAGCCUAAGGUACAGACGCCAGAUGGAGGAGAUGCAGAAAACCUUCGACAAAACCAUCGCCAAGCUGCUCAACUCCUCCCGCAUGGCACAAGAGCAGGUGGUGCAGCACGAACAUCUGAUGGGAGAUCUGGUGUCGAGAGUGGAGAAUCUGACCUUGGUUCUGGCGGCCGUCACACAAAGUGUGCAGCAGCUCAAGCAAGAGGUGACCGCCUGUCACCUGUACGUGCUGCUGGCGAGCGAGGCGCUGGGGCUGCUGCUGCUGCUCGCGCUCUGCCUGUGGUUCUGCAAGCGAGCGCCGGACAGCGUGCGCGCCGUGGAGUCCCCGCUCGGCGACGUCGCCACUAGCUUCAUACCGGACACCGGCAUGAAGAAUUCCUCCUCCAACACCGAGCCUUCCGACUUGACUUCCUCGUCAAGCCAGACUGUCGGAGUUGCUGUAAAAUCAUCUCCUUCUGGCAAAAAGGCCUGUGGAGGAGCAACGCCCGACCGUUCCAAACGGCUCAAUUUAGCGCUGGCGACUCCUGGCUUCACUCUCCUGCCAACCCCUUUGCGCACCGCUACUGCCGCCGCCGCCCCCUCAAGCGCCGCCGCCGCCGCCAUCCGGUUCAGCGACUCCGAGUCCCCGUCGUCGACCGACGAACCCGACGGCCCAGCCGCCCGGGGUUCGUACUUCUGCGGGACGCGGAACGUGGGCGCGUGUGGCGGCUUGUGCGGCGGCGGCGGCGGCGGCGGCGGCGGCGAGAAACGCCCGAGCCGGGCGAAUGCGCGGGACCGGCAGGGUUGGCCUCGGCACGGCCGCUCGGCGCAGACCGAGCCUUGCGCGACGAUCUCCGCGGAGCGCCACAGCCAGCUGCCGGCUCGCGGUGGAAACUUUCGGAACGUCGCCAAGGCCAAUGGCGGCGUCGUGCACGAAUGACACCGACGCAGCCGCCUGAACGCCGCCUAUGCGUUUACACGGCACACCCCAAAUGUAAUGCAUCCUAUUCUUUCAGUAACUGUCAGCUCGUCCGAUGCACAGUAUGAAAUAUUCAUUGGACCGUCGUUUGACACGUAGCACAAUUCCACCUCCAAACACAACAAUGCCAGGCCGCGCAUGAGCCUGAGAACACAGGGAGACCGUUGCAUGUUGCCCCAUCCGCCUUACAACUCGAGACUAGCAACCUCAUUAUUGUUGUGAAUCGCUGCUGUAGAGAAUGCUACUUGCAAACGGUCCGUUCACCUUUUCACGGUGAAAGAUUCCUGACGCCGGUUUCAUUUUGGACGCAUGUGCAGAGCAAAUGACGGAGGCUGUGUUUAUAACAGCCAAAAUGCUCAUGACUUUUCCAAUAAUUACUAUCUGGAACGCUGUAUUUAGUUGCAGUUCAAAGUUAUUGAGGAAAGUGGAGGGAACACUCUUGUAGGGUAUUCCUGGUAUAUACAGCACAUGUGUUUAUAUGUCAAUAUGCAUGGUGCUCAAUGUGGGUGUGCGCGUAUAUUAAUAUUAUUAUGUAUAGGCAUAGGACAGCAUAUGUAUCGAUAUGUUUGUGGGCAUGUAUAUAGUGUAAACAGGGGAACAGUGGCGCAGCGGUAAACGCUGCGCAAUGAACCUAGUUCGCCGAUUUCGACCCCCGGCCACGGCUAAUAUCCGUGGCUCGUGAUAUCCUAACCAGUCCUGCAACCCCACUUAACCAACCUACACUGACCAGCGUGGUGAGGUAUGGUCAGAACCCCCCCCCCCCCCAUGGCAUACGGUACAGGGAAGUCACCAUCCAGCAUUGGAUUGAUUGACAAUGGGGCUGUAUAUUUAAAAUACAAUUCCACCUGUAAAUAUACUGGUCUGAAUAUGUGCGCUGUAUAUUGGGCUGGGAUGCAUAUUAAUUCGCAAGAGUUGCAGAGCUUCCGAUCAUGAGAACAUGAGUUGAAUGCCUGACCAGAGUAGAUUCCAGCACAACCAUCGCGAUCUUCAUCGUUUCUCUGGGGGUCCAAUAAAAUAAGCAAGAGCCAGCGAGGCGGGACACGCGCUCCCGAGGAACGAGCGGUCCUCGCCAUAGCAAUGUGGAGAUUUUAUAAAUCGGUCGGAGACCCCCCCCAACAACAAAGUGACACUCGCCAGUGUGGGUAGAGCGUGGAUACACAGCACUGCACGGAGGCCCCUAUUGGGAGCCCACUCUUGAGUUAAUUGUGAAUGACUGUGAAUGAAAGUGAAUGAUGGUGCAGAAUGAUUUUGGUUUACUACAAGCGGAUAACGUGAACGAGACACCUGCCACUGCUACCACCACCACCACCGCAUUCGGAAUAUAACAAACAUUACUGUAGACGUCGCCCAUUUGGCCUUUAUAUCUUGGUUAAGAGUAAUGAUUUUUACACCGCAAUGUUACACUGUAGAUUUUAAAAUUGUUCAACACAUUUCCAGUGCGUUUAACUUAAGUGCAACGCGAGCGCACUUGGCUUUGAAGUUCUGCAUUAAAUUGUUUUUAUUAAA